AUGUACGGCAAAUGCAGUGAAUGUGUGAAUGGAUUGCAGACAAGCGAUAGACGUGUCGAACAUGUAAGAGCCCAUCUUUUCUUGAAAAGCGAUGUCAAAGAGGAGACGGAUUCGUUGUCGGCGUCCAUGAGAUUCAAUUUCAUCGCUGAUGUGACCGAAAGAGUGUCUUCGGCUCUGGUCUACAUCGAAGUGCAGGGAAGGCAUCCCUUCUAUCCGGAGCUGACUGUCUCGGUGUCGAGCGGAUCCGGAUUUCUGGUCCACUCGUCGGGUCUCAUACUGACCAACGCUCACGUCGUGGCCAACGCUUCCGUAGUUUCGGUCAAACUAUUUGACGGCCGAAUAGUGUCGGGUCGGGUCGAGUACGUCGACCACAGACUCGAUUUGGCAACGGUUAGGCUCGAGACCAGUGCCGAGACGUUUCCGUAUAUAAACUUCGGUGACUCUUACACCUGUCGGACGGGUGAAUGGGUGAUAGCGAUGGGCAGUCCCUUCUCCUUAAGCAAUACAAUAACGGUUGGAGUGAUAUCUUCUGUGCGGCGAAAGUCACGCGAAUUAGGCCUGAAUUUAAAGGAAAUUGAUUUCAUCCAAACCGAUGCGUCCAUAAAUGCGGGCAAUUCUGGCGGACCUUUGGUUAAUUUGGACGGCGAGGCCAUCGGCAUCAACACCAUGAAAGUGACGGCCGGCAUAUCGUUCGCCAUUCCCAGCAAUUAUGCCAAA